AUGGCUACCGUCAAUAUCCGCCGCGAUGUCAAGGACAACUUCUACAGAUACAAGAUGGAGAAGAUCCAGUCUAAAAUUGAAGGAAAGGGUAACGGCAUCAAAACCGUCAUCGUCAAUCUCACCAGCAUCGCCAACUCAUUGGCCCGCCCAGGGGCAUAUGUCAUCAAAUAUUUCGGCUUCGAACUCGGGGCUCAAACCAAUACCAACCCUGCCGAUGAUCGUUGGAUCAUCAAUGGUGCUCAUGAAGCAAGCAAAUUGCAGGAUUACCUGGAUGGUUUCAUCAAUAAGUUUGUGCUCUGCAAAGAGUGCAAGAACCCUGAAACCGAAGUAAUCUUCAAAGAUGGGAACAUCGUCUUGGAUUGUAAGGCAUGCGGCAAGCGUUCGAUGGUCGACCCUAGACUUAAGUUGAGCGGCUUCAUCCUGAAGACUCAGCCAAAGAAGGGCAAGAAAGACAAAGCAGAAAAGAAGGCAGCUCGCAAAGCCAAAGCAGACAAGGGCGAAGCCAAGGACAACGAAAAUGCUAGUGGUAGCGAGAACGCAUCUGAAAACGGAUCCAAUGACAACAAUGGCGCCGGUGACCUGGCACUCGAUGCUCCAAGCGACGAUGAGCUUGUUCGUCAAGCAGAAGAACUUCAACAAUCUACUGAAGUCAAAGAUGACGACUGGGCAGUAGACAUGUCCCCAGAAGCUGUUAAGGCCCGUCAGCAACAGCUCCCUGACGAUCUUAAGCAAAAGCUCGUCUUAGGUGGCGGUGGUGGGGACGAGGAUGAUGAUGAAGAAGGUGGCGGAAACUCUACCUACGAUCAACUUGCAAACUGGAUUGAAGAGCAGACCGCAGAGAAAGGUGACGUCAGUAAGGUAGAUGAUCUUCAAAUUUAUCUUAAGGCGAAAGAGCUUGGAAUCGAGGCGAAGCACCGCACUCUCGUCAUUCUUGCUCUUACACUCUUCGAUGACAACAUUGUGAAGCAGAUUCCAAAGCGAGUAGGCAUGCUUAAAAAUAUGGUCACCUCUGAGAAACAUGAAAAAUCUCUCCUCGGUGGAAUUGAAAGAUUUAUUGGCCUCCGCGGUCAAAAAAACUCCGAAUUCUACGAGAAGACAUCAAAUAUCCUCAUGGUCCUAUAUGAUCAAGAACUCCUCAGCGAAGAGGUCAUCACUAAGUGGGGUACUAAAGCCAGCAAGAAAUAUACCAAUGACCUUGCUGUGAGCAAGAAAGUUCGCAAGUCAGCAGAAGGGUUCUUAAAAUGGUUGGCAGAGGCUGAGAGCGAUGACGAGGACUCCGAGUAA